AUGGAGCUGCUGAUCAUCGUGAUGCUGGUAGUCGGGGCAGCCGCAGCCUCAGACACAGAGGUAAACCAGAUCAUUGGUGGGAGCUUCUGCGUCUUUGGCUCGCGGCCCUACCAGGUGGCUCUCCUGAGGAACGGCCGCAUCUACUGUGGCGGGAGCUUGAUAGCCCCGAAGUGGGUGCUAACUGCUGCGCACUGCGGCAGACGGAUCAGACGGAUCAGCUCUCUGCGGGUGCAUCUGGGAGAUUAUAAUCUACGGGUGAAAGAACCCACAGAACAGAUACGAAGAAUCCACAACUUCUUCAUGCACCCUGGGUAUAACCUUCGUCCUCGUGACAACGACUUCAUGCUUCUGGAGUUGGAUGAGCCCGCUCAACUCAACAACUACGUGAACACAAUCAACGUGACGACCUGUUGUCCCUCUCCUGGAACACGAUGCAGUGUUUCAGGAUGGGGCACCAUCAAGUCCCCCAAAAGGCGGUUCCCAGCCAUCAUGCAGUGUGCAGAUGUCUAUAGCGUCAGCCAGGACAGCUGCCAGGAAAGUUACUGUGGCAAGAUCACGGAGAAUAUGCUGUGUGCUGGCGUGGAACAGGGUGGCAUAAGCUCGUGCAAGGGUGAUUCAGGAGGCCCACUGGUCUGCAAUGGGCAGCUGCAGGGCGUGGUCUCCUGGGGGAAGUCUGUCUGUGCCCUGCCGGGACAGCCCGGUGUCUAUGCCAAAGUCUGCAAAGCUGCCCAGUGGGUGAGGAGCACCAUAGGGAGGAAGUGCCCAGAUCGGACUGAGAACUCAUAG